AUAGCUCUGGGUAUUCAUACACAUCUUCACCCUUGUACUCAUAAACUAAAUUAAAACCGCAAAAAGAUAUACCUAAAUUAUGAUAGACUGGGAGCUUUCAACCUCUUUACUCUUUUGCCUCAUUCCUUUCCUCUUCCUCUUCUUCAUCAAAACCACUUUAACAAAUCUUUUAUCAUCCAAUAAAUCCACCAGCAAGAUCCCAAAAUCAUAUCCAAUCAUUGGUUCCUAUUUCUCAAUCCUAACAAACAAAGAACGUCGAAUUCAAUGGACUUCUGAUGUUAUUCAAAACACUUCCAACUUAACUUUCACUCUCAAUCGUCCUUUUGGUUUUCGCCAAAUUUUCACAGCUAACCCCGCCAAUGUCCAACACAUACUCAAAACCCAAUUUCACAUUUACCAAAAAGGUAAUGUUUUUAAAACAACUAUGGCUGAUUUUCUUGGUGAUGGUAUAUUUAAUGUGGACGGUGACAUUUGGAAGUACCAAAGACAAGUUUCAAGCCAUGAGUUUAACACAAAAUCUCUACGCAAAUUCGUUGAAACUGUUGUUGAUACAGAACUCAACGAAAGGCUAAUUCCAAUUCUUGCUACUGCUGCUGUUGAAAAAACCGUUCUUGAUUUUCAAGACAUUUUACAAAGGUUUGCUUUUGAUAAUAUUUGUAAAAUUGCUUUUGGGUAUGAUCCUGCUUAUUUAUUACCAUCUCUUCCUCAAGCAAAAUUUGCUGUUGCUUUUGAAGAAGCUGUUAAGCUAAGUAGUGAACGAUUUAAUGCUAUUUUUCCUUUUCUAUGGAAAAUAAAACGAAAGCUCAACAUUGGAUCUGAGAAAAAAAUCAGGGUAGCUGUGGAUGAUGUUCGUCAAUUUGCAAAAGAACUCGUGAAAGAAAAACAAAAAGAACUCAAAGAAAAAUCAUCGCUCGAAUCAGUGGAUUUAUUAUCAAGAUUUUUAAGCACUGGCCAUUCGGAUGAGGACUUUGUUACAGAUAUUGUUAUAAGUUUCAUUUUGGCUGGUCGUGACACAACAUCUGCUGCUUUAACAUGGUUUUUCUGGUUAAUUUCUGAAUGCCCAGAAACAGAAAACCAAAUCUUAAAAGAGAUUAAAGCAAAAUCCGAAAGUCCAGUGUAUGAUGAAGUAAAGGACAUGAUUUACACACAUGCUUCACUUUGUGAAAGCAUGAGAUUUUACCCACCAGUUCCCAUAGAUACUAAAGCUGCUACAGAGGAUAAUAUAUUGCCAGAUGGUACUUUUGUGAAAAAAGGGACUAGAGUAAGUUAUCAUCCGUAUGCAAUGGGGAGAGUGGAGAAAUUAUGGGGAAAAGAUUGGGCAGAGUUUAGGCCAGAGAGGUGGUUAGAUAAGGAUGAAGUGUCAGGUAAUUGGACUUUUAUGGCUAGGGACGCCUAUACUUAUCCUGUUUUUCAGGCGGGACCCAGAAUUUGUUUAGGAAAAGAAAUGGCAUUUCUGCAAAUGAAGAGGGUGGUGGCUGGUGUUUUACGGCGGUUCAAGGUGGUUCCGGUGGCAGAAAAAGGUGUUGAGCCGGUCUUUGUGUCUUACCUCACUGCGAAAAUGAAAGGUGGUUUCCCUGUGACAAUUGAGGAGAGGAACACUACGGAUCUUUCAUCUUUCAACUAUGGCCAAAAAGUACGAGAGUAAAGGUUUUUAUUGCUUCUUCCACUUACCUUAAAGUGUUUAGAUGUGUAUUCAAAUGUUUGUAUAAAGCUGCAUUAUAAGAAGUGAGUACUAUUGUUCUUCAUUGUAAUUUAUGCGACACUUUUUGUUUUUUAAAAUUUAUUUUUUA